GAUACUUGUGCACUGUUAUCGAUACCGCAAUGACUGCCGGCUUAUUAAACCGAUACGAGAUCCUUGUCUACUUUAGUGUUUAUAUCGUUUAUAUUGUUAUUGGACUAUAUAAGAUCUAUGCGCUGCGAGAUCGCAUCCUAAACACGUCCGAGUUUCAGUUCGCCGAGGGCUGGAGCCUGCUGCAACGGCCCGACGUGGUUAGGGUGCGCGACGACAGCAAUGACGAAUUGGAGUACUUCGCUGAUUUCAUUGCGAAAUUCUGGCCCUACUACCUGUUGCAUGCGCUCGUGAGUGGCAUCUCGCGCUGGAAGUGGCCCAGCCUGCGUCGGCAUGGACAUGUUGCAGUCUGCACACUGGCGAUCGGUCUUAACAUGCACUGGACAUCGCUGACAAUGUUUGCCACUCUGCUGUUCAGCUAUUAUCUUGUGGCGCAACUGGGACGCUCAAAGCUUUUGACAUGGCUGCUGACCGCUGCCUGGAUUGUGGUCAUCAAUGUGGCCAAAAACAGCCAAUGGUGGCUGGACACGGUGGGCUAUGCAGAGUAUGCUGUACUGAUAGUUACCCUCUCCUGGAGCUUAUUGCGCGGCUGCAGCUACUCGUUUACGUGCACUGGCACUGGCAAUAUUCCUGACUACCUCGCCUACACCAUGUACUUUCCCUGCCUCACCUAUGGACCGUUCAUUAGCUAUGAACGUUUCAAUCAACAGUCCACGGCUGGAGAUGUGUCAUCCGCACAGCAGUUUUGGAGAUUUUUGUUGGCCCUGCUGCGUGUCGUUUUCUGGUGGCUAAUGAUGCAGUGGGCCCUGCACUAUUUCUACAUACACUACAUGACGCGGGAUGUGCGUGCGGUAGCCAUGAUGGAUUCGGUUUUCUGGCAGCAUGCUGCAGGCUAUUUCAUGGGUCAGUUCUUUUUUAUAUUCUACGUGAUCACGUAUGGACUUGGCAUUGCCUUUGCCGAGCACGACGGCAUAGCGGCACCAAAGCGACCACGCUGCAUCGGGCGCAUUCACUUCUACUCCGAUAUGUGGAAGUAUUUUGACGAGGGCCUCUACGAGUUCCUCUUUAAACACAUUUACGCUGAACUGUGCGGCAGAAAGUCCUCCGCAGUAGCCAAGCUCUGCGCUACUGCGCUAACCUUUGCAUUUGUGUUCAUUUGGCAUGGCUGCUACACCUAUGUGCUUAUCUGGAGUGUGCUCAAUUUUGUGUGCCUGGCAGCGGAGAAGAUCUACAAGACAUUCGUGUCCAAGCCCGCCGUUCAAAGAUGGUCGCUUCAGCACUUUGGCUCCGCCGGCGCGCAACGUUUGCAUGCCCUGCUGGCCACACAGCUCUUUAUACCCGCCGCCUUCUCCAAUGUGUACUUCAUAGCCGGACAGGAAAUCGGCGGAUUUCUGAUGCGCGGCGCCUAUUUAAGUGGAGUGGGCAACUAUUUGGCGCUUAGCUUUUGCAGCUACUGCUUCUUCCAAUGCUCAGAACUGCUGCUGACCAGAACAAGCAAGGACAAGCUGAAAACAACCUAAACUAACAACAGAUGACAUACUUGCACAAAAAUAGAUGUUAAAGACUGGAAAACUAUUAUUUUGUAUAUGAUUAAUGUGAAAUAAGUCUGAAAGAUAACCAUAAACCAGGUAAAGUCUGUUAA